AUGUACGAGGUGUCCACAAGAGUUAAAGACGAGUUGAAGGCGUAUGUUGCGAGCCAAAAGGCCAAGAAAACAAAUGAUGGGUUGGUUGAUUUGGCUGAUGAAGAGGAGGAUGAUGAAGUUAUAGAGAUACCAACUCAGCAAAAUAAGAGGCAGAAGACUAAUGUGAAGGGGCCAUUAGAUGUCAUGUGGUCAAAAGGUAAAGGAAAACAAGUUCAAACAAGCAUCAAGGAUGCUUGUAAUAAAGAGAUCCGAGCCCAAACAAUACAGUCCAUUGCAGCGUUUUUCUACCAGGCUGGGGUUGCAUUUAAUGUGGCUAAUAUGAACUGCUUAAAAGAGAUGCUUGCGGCUGUUGGAAACUAUGGGCCACAUUUAAAGCCUCCAUCAUACCAUGAGCUUCGCGUGCCGUUACUAAACAAUGAGGUACAACAUGUGGAGGAGUGGGUCGAAACUCAUAGAACUGAGUGGAUGAAGUACGGUUGUUCGGUAAAGUCGGAUGGAUGGACAGAUAGGAAGCAAAGAACGUUGAUUAACUUUCUUGUCAACGGUUCUAAAGGAACGGUGUUUAUGGAGUCCGUUGAUGCAUCGUCGUAUAUGAAGACUGGUGAAAAGGUUUUUGAGCUCCUAGAUGGGUUUGUGGAAAGGAUUGGGGAACAAAAUGUUGUUCAGGUUAUUACCGACAAUGGGGCCAACUUUAAGCUAGCAGGUAAAAUGUUAAUGGAAAAGCGGAAAAAUCUAUUUUGGACACCAUGUGCAGCGCACUGCUUGGAUCUAAUGCUAGAAGAUAUCGGUAAGAUUCCGGAUGUGAAAAAAACUAUUGAACAAGCUAUCUUCGUUGUUGGUUAUAUUUAUAACCAUAGUUUUGUCUUGAACUUAAUGAGGGAGUUCACUAAAAACAACGAGCUAACAAGGAGUGGAGUAACAAGGUUUGCAACCACGUUUCUUACGUUACAAAGCUUGCAAAAACAAAAAUCUGCACUUAGAAACAUGUUUGCUAGCGAACAGUGGACGACAAGUAAAUGGGCUGAAGAACGUAAGGGAGCAAGAGCGAAUGACAUUGUUUUUACCCCAACUUUCUUUCUGGAACAAUGUCCUGUUUACGUGUACGAAGGUAUGGAACGAGCAAAAACUGCAAUUGCAGCAGCUUUAGGAGGAGAAGAUAAUGCAGAAUACAUUCGAUAA